AUGUAUAAGCUACUGGGGGGUCUCGGUCAGUACCUGAAGUGGCAAGAAGUCACCACCGACUCGAUGGUGUUUAGAUUGCACAAUCACUUCACCACGGUGCUACUCUUCACGUGUUCCAUGGUGAUCACAGCCGCGCAGUACGUCGGUAAUCCGAUCUCUUGUAUCGUUAAGGAUCUACCAAAGCACCCUAUCAACACCUACUGCUGGAUCACGUCCACGUUCACCAUGCCAGACGCGUUCAAUCGACAGGUUGGCGUGGAGGUGGCUCAUCCUGGAGUGGCGAACGACUUCGGCGACGUAGACGCCAGGAAAUACUACACGUACUACCAGUGGGUGUGCUUCGUAUUAUUCUUCCAGGCGGUGAUGUGCUACGUCCCGCAGUGGUUGUGGAACAUGUGGGAGGGUGGUUUGGCGAACGCGUUAGUUAUGGGUAUGAAUCAUGGCCUGGAUCGCGAGGCGAACAUCCACCAGAAGAAGUGCGUGUUAAUGGACUACAUCAUAAAUCAUAAACAGACUCACAGUAUGUACGUGUACCGAUACUUCGGCUGCGAAUUCCUGUGCCUGUUGAACAUCUUCUUCCAAAUGUACCUGAUGAAUCGGUUCUUCGACGGCGAGUUCAUCAGCUACGGUCUGCGCGUGCUCCAAUUCUCGGACGCCCCCCAAGAAGAGCGCAUCGACCCCAUGGUCUACGUGUUCCCGCGCGUCACCAAGUGCAUCUUCCACAAAUACGGUGCCUCGGGUACGAUACAAACCCACGACUCCCUCUGUAUCCUACCGCUGAACAUCGUCAACGAGAAGACCUACAUCUUCAUCUGGUUCUGGUUCGCCAUUCUCUCCGUCCUGCUACUGGGAUUGGUGGUCUACAGGGCCGCCAUCAUCUUCGCACCGAUCAUCAGACCGAGACUGCUGCACGUGUCCUCGCGGCUGCUGUCCAUCGAGACCUGCAACAGCAUCAGCAAGAAAACCGACCUCGGCGACUGGUGGCUCCUCUACGUCCUCUCGUCCAACAUGAACUCGCGGAUCUACAGAGACUUCUUGCAAGAGCUCACCAAGAAGAUGAGCGACACGCAAUCCGUUGCUCCGUAGAUUACCUUGAAACAAUUCCAUGCGAAGGACAUCGACGGGCGCUUCGUGGAAGUUAACGCGAUAGUUUGUCAAAAUAUUUGGACGUCUAGCGUCCGAAGAAAGCGAUCCGUAUGCUCGACUGAUAGAGAACGGUGUAGAUACGCGACGAUACUCUGUUAUACGCAAGCGAACGAUUUAGGAUCUCUGUAUGCGUGCGUGUGUGCCUGUGUAGCGGAGUGUGAAUCAAUGUUGGAAAAAAUUGCGCGUCUCGGUCCACGUCGUGCACUACGAGUCAGAUUCGUAGAGAUUUAAUGGGUUAAAAGCCGUCCUGCUUUUUACGUAAUAUCCAUUUCUAUAAACAAGACUGUUUUCAUUUUACGAAGAAUCGCUCAAAGCGUUUCCGCUUCUACAGCGACUGUAGAGAAUUUCACGAUAGCGUGGGCGCGAGUAUCCUUUAGCAAGCAACAUUUUUCUAUCGUGAUAUCAUCCGAUGAUUUGUCGACGGCGGUGACUGUACCCGUCGCUAGAAAUUCUAUUUUCAUACAUUCCUCUGUAACGUAUUCGGAUACAAGUAAAUGCUUACUUGUCGACGGCAUUAAUGCUAUUUACUCUAUAAUACCUAUAGGUUUCUUACAUUUUACAUUUUACGGUACAGUACUGUGAAUAGCGAGCAAUCGAAUGCGAAACACCGUCUGUUUUUUAACGCGGACGUCUUGUACCGAAUAUUUACCCAUUUGUGUUCCAGCGACGAGUAAAUAUUUAUCGAAGAAAUACUUAUAUUUAACGAUAUGAAUCUUCCAGCAGCGCGCAAGCCUUUCAUUAACGAGUUUGUAAGCGUUAAACGAACUGUAUCAUAUCCAUGUUUAAUUCUAAGAGAUAAGAACUGAGAGACAUUGAACCGAGUACAACGACACCGUCUUGGCGAGUAGCGAAUAAGUACAAGUUACUACUGUUGUAUUCGAUUUGACAAUAUAUUUAACUGAGUCAAA